AUGGCCCCCUUCCCCCCUCCUGCCCACCUCAAUCUAGGCGCGAGUCGCCCCCGCUCACAAACCGAUGGUUCGCGGCAGUCUUCGUCGUCCGCUUCUGUCUCUUCCACACCGCCGUCCUCGUUCGUGCAGAGCGACUUGGCCCGCAAGAAGUCUUACUCCCUCUCCAGCGGCGCAUCGGUCCGGUCCAAUCUAUCAACAUCGACCUCCCGUUCCUUCGGCCAAUCGUUAAGUGAAGCGUAUAAUAAGUGGAAAGCCGCGGACGAGGCCGCUCAAGCACUGGCGUCACUGGAGAGCGAAACUACAGAUUGCGAGCAAGAGCUUACAACAGCGAAAAAGAUGCUUCAGAACCUUCGCACAGAGAGUCGCCCACGGAUAGCUAAGAGGAAGCCUUCCCUGCUCCAGUCGAUCAUUGGCAAGAGCAAGAACGAGAGCGCGCCGCAUCUGCCUAUGCAGAUAGCGCCAGAUGCGACCGCGGAACUCGUUGAAGCUAGUAUCACAGUAUACGAACUUGAGCGGCGGUCUCACGAGUUGACCAACCGAAUUGAGGAGACUCAACAGCUAGUAGCGGUGCUGGAUGAUUGCUAUACCGCAUUGCGCGGGAUGCUGGAUAAUGGUCCUCUUCUGUCAUGGCAAUUCGACCAGGGCAAUGAAGGUGCCAUCGCCAAGUCGGAGAAGACCGCGGCUGCCCGUGAGGCUGCUUACGACCAUAGCGUCGUUACUACUGAUGCCCUUAAGCGGGCCCGUGCAUUCAUCCAGUCCGCACACCACCACUAUAAUCAGGCCAUGGAUCUCGUGGAGGGCAUGUGCAGCCCCACUCGCGGCACCUGGACGUCUAUUUUAGGAGACGAACAGAGCAAGGAGCAGACAUACAAAGAAGCCGGCAGCUGGGCGGAAAGAGCUCAAGUGUGCUUCAACGAGUGCCUGCGCGUGCUAACGCCUCACUUGGACGUCCUCCAACAAACGGAGAAAGAUGCGUUUGAAGAGCUGCAGACAUCUGGUCUUCUGCAAGCCAUCCAGAUGUAUAAGCUCAUGUAUGGCGGGAAAGCGUUGAAUUUUGGGAUCACUCAACAAGUCGAACUUAUGCUGCGCAAACAACUCGCCGUCUUCAGUAUGCUCACCGACUUGGCUGUCGGCAUACAGAAUUGCACCAAAGACUGCGAGGACGUCCAGCAGCGGGGUCGCAUGCAGAGAGACGCGGCAAGACGGCAGGUCAUAUCCUUAUGGAUGAACGACGGGAAGCACCUUACAGCAUAG